AUGCGUCUAUUCUUCUGCCUUUUGGCCCUGCUGGGCUCCAUGCUCGCCACCGCAGCUCCGACACCUGGACAAUUCUCUCAAGUUACAGGAAGCUGGGGCUCAAAUCCAACCAAUACUGGAUUCUACAUUUACGUACCCAAAAAUCUGGCUUCAAAGCCGGGAAUCAUUGUUGCCAUACAUUACUGCACCGGAACUGCUCAAGCUUAUUACCAGAGCACUCCAUACGCCCAGCUUGCUGAGCAGUAUGGCUUCAUAGUCAUUUAUCCAAGUAGUCCGUAUAGCGGUACCUGCUGGGACGUCAGCUCUCAAGCAGCUCUUACCCACAACGGUGGCGGAGACAGUAAUUCAAUCGCAAAUAUGGUUACAUGGACUACUUCCCAGUAUAACGCGGAUACCUCCAAGGUAUUUGUGACUGGAUCCAGCUCUGGGGCUAUGAUGACCAACGUCAUGGCGGCAACAUACCCCGAACUCUUCAACGCUGCUGUAGUCUACUCCGGCGUAGCCGCCGGCUGUUUUUAUUCUGCCUCUGGCCAAGCCGACGCCUGGAACAGCACCUGUGCACAAGGAAAUGUCGACGCCACGCCUCAAGCCUGGGCCAGCAUCGUUAAGAAUAUGUAUCCCGGUUACUCCGGCUCCCGACCCAGGAUGCAGAUUUACCACGGCAGUAUUGAUACCACACUUUACCCCGAGAAUUAUAAUGAGACUUGUAAGGAGUGGGCUGGAGUCUUUGGAUAUACUUACACCGCCCCGCAGCAAGUGGAAACGAAUACACCCCAGUCACAGUAUACGACUACAAUCUGGGGCUCGAACCUGCAUGGUAUCUUUGCUACAGGUGUUGGGCAUACGGUGCCUGUUAACGGAGCCAGGGACAUGCAGUGGUUUGGAUUUGCAUGA